AUGCCAUCACCGCCCCUUCGACGCCUUCGCCCAGAUUUUCGGCAGCGGAUCUACUGCUGGCUUGGGCUAGCAUCCUCUGACAGCCGUCGCUAUACCUUCGUGCCGGACCCGGGUUGGUUCCCCGGACUGAUGCUUUCCUGUGGUGUCAUGCACGCCGAGGCCGCUGCUCUGCUAUACUCGACCAACCUGUUCGUCCUCUACUAUUUUGAUCCGCGCUCGGACCCGGAUCACCCGACAUCGCGGCUCCGUCCUCUACGUACUCUGUACAAUUUGUUAACAACCUCACCUCUGUCCCCGUCGGAUCUCAAGAUUGUGCUCUACCAGGCCGCUUGCCACCAGCUGACAAUAUACGGGGACACGAAUACUUGCUGCCUCCACGGUCGCCCGGAGUAUAGCGACAACCCGGGGCCAGCCCAAGUUAUCCUCGGCGAGUGGCAUUCGGCGGCCGUUCGUUCAUUUUCCCAAAUCGCUCCUGGGCGCCUUCGCCUGUCCUUGGUCUGCAAUCUCGACCCCCAAAACUCUCGGACGGAAUGCCAUAUCCGGCUGGCCAAGACAGCGGACCGUCAACUCCAGCAGCUGGCCGAGGAUGUCGGAUUACAUGCCUGUGGGAUUCAUACACCAUCUCUCAAGCCACCGGCGUCGAGGGCGACAACGACUCUAGCAACGCUCCCACCCGAGCUCCGCAUCAGGUUUCUCGAGUACACCGAUCUUCCCCCAAGCAACGGCUACUGUUGCCGCCGUCACCACGCUGCCUUCUCGCUAGCGUGCAAUUGCUGGACACCGCCGGGACCUACCCUGUUUCUCCUUUGUCGUACCCUGUACGAAGACGCCCAAGUCCCAUGCCCUCCUUGGACUCUGCCGUUGCUUGAGCAGUGCGACGAGGAUCACGAUGAUGAGCUCCUCCCCACGUACGGCUAUCCAAACGAGCGAUUCGCCGCUUCGGAAUCUCUGAGCGACGUCGUGCCCGCGCCGUGCCUUUCUUAUCUCCGGUUUUUCGAGCUGGUCUUCCCGCCUUACCGGCCCCGCAGCUGGCUCGAGACACAGCACCCUGCGAUGCAGGACUGGCGGGCGACAGUUGACUGGCUCCGAGACAGGAUCAACCUGUCGGAGCUCACGCUCCGGUUUAUGGUGGCAGACCUGCCCGGCAGCGGAAGACCGGAGGCGUACUUGCGUUCGAUAGCGGUCGAGGAAGGAGGGACGGCAAUGACAGCAUACAUGGAUCUUCUGCAGCCUCUGACAACUGGCCAGUUGCAGCCUUGA